AUGUUGAGAAGUACUUUUUUUAGAAACACCUCGAGAAGGUUUUUGGCUACUGUAAAACAACCUUCAAUCGGAAGAUAUACCGGUAAGCCUAACCCUUCCACAGGCAAAUAUACUGUCUCAUUCAUUGAAGGUGAUGGUAUCGGCCCUGAAAUUUCCAAGUCUGUAAAGAAAAUCUUUAGUGCAGCAAAUGUCCCUAUAGAAUGGGAAUCCUGCGAUGUUAGUCCCAUCUUUGUCAACGGGUUAACCACCAUUCCUGAUCCCGCCGUACAAUCUAUUACAAAGAACCUGGUUGCUUUAAAAGGCCCCCUAGCUACGCCAAUUGGUAAAGGUCACAGAUCUUUGAAUUUGACCUUAAGAAAGACAUUUGGAUUAUUUGCCAAUGUUCGUCCUGCCAAGUCUAUUGAAGGUUUCAAGACUACUUAUGAAAACGUUGAUUUAGUUCUUAUCAGGGAAAACACUGAAGGUGAAUAUUCUGGUAUCGAACACAUAGUUUGCCCUGGCGUUGUUCAAUCUAUUAAACUGAUCACAAGAGAUGCUUCUGAGCGAGUCAUUAGAUAUGCUUUUGAAUACGCAAGAGCUAUCGGCAGGCCAAGAGUUAUUGUGGUACAUAAAUCUACCAUCCAAAGAUUAGCUGAUGGUUUAUUCGUUAAUGUUGCCAAAGAAUUAUCCAAAGAGUAUCCUGACAUUACUUUAGAAACUGAACUUAUUGAUAACAGCGUGCUAAAGGUCGUCACAAACCCAUCUGCCUACACAAACGCCGUCUCUGUUUGUCCAAAUCUAUAUGGUGAUAUCUUGUCUGACUUGAACUCCGGUUUGAGUGCUGGUUCUUUAGGUUUAACUCCAUCUGCUAAUAUCGGCCAUAAAAUCUCGAUCUUUGAAGCUGUCCAUGGCUCUGCUCCUGAUAUUGCUGGUCAAGACAAAGCAAAUCCAACUGCCCUACUUUUGUCCUCGGUAAUGAUGUUGAACCACAUGGGCCUAACGAACCAUGCUGACCAAAUUCAAAAUGCAGUCUUGUCUACCAUCUCAUCGGGCCCGGAAAAUAGAACUGGUGACUUGGCUGGUACUGCCACUACUUCUUCUUUCACUGAAGCAGUCAUCAAGAGAUUAUAA